GCGGGGCCGGUCCCUGCGCGGUGCCAUGCGAGGCUUUAAGCGGGCGGCGCUGGGGAGCGCGGUAGACGCGCAGGCGGCGGCUGCUGCGGCCGGGCGGUAGCGGCGGGCGGGCGCCUCUCGGCUCGGUGGGAGCCGCUGGCGGAGCGGAACGGAGCAUGUCGGUGGCGACCGGAGGCAGCGAGGCGGCGGGCGGAGGCAGCGGUGGGAACCGCGUUUUCUUCCAGAGUCCCCGCGGCGGCGGCGGGAGCGGCGGCUCCUCCGGCGGAGCCGCCCGGGAGGACUCGGUGCCGGCGGCCGUGGUGCAGGUCCAGCAGCGGCGCCACCAGCAGGGGAAAGUGACGGUGAAAUACGAUCGGAAGGAGCUGCGGAAGCGCCUGGUGCUGGAAGAGUGGAUCGUGGAGCAGCUGGGGCAGCUCUACGGCUGCGAGGAAGAAGAGAUGCCAGAAGUAGAAAUUGACAUUGAUGACCUUCUUGAUGCAGCAAAUGAAGAGGAGAGAGCUCUCAAAUUACAGGAAACUCUUGUAGAUUGCUACAAACCAACAGAGGAUACUGCCUUUCCUUGAUGCGGAGCUGUAAAACAAGCACAAGCACUGGAGCACAACUGUGAAUUUAUCAAAGAGCUGCUAACUCGGAUAAGAGGAAUGAGGAAACUCAGUCCCCCUCAAAAGAAGAGUAUAUAAAUAACUCGAAGUAGUAGCACUCUGUAAAAGACAUGGCAAGGGAAAUGGGACUUAGAAUACAAGACCGUUAUUAAAAUAGUUGUCUCGCUCCACAACUUUUUUGGAUUUCAUUCAGUUUUGACUCAAGGAAUUUCUUUUUUGUGUUUUAAGGGUUCUUUUUAAGUGUCAAUUUUUUUAUCAAGACUAUCAACAAUUUGGAUGCUGCUCAACUUUCACUUGAGGAUUACUGAAGCAAGUGAAGAGUCCAGGAGGUAGCGAUGAGGGGCAGCAAGCCUGCGUUGUGAACCAGAAGAUCUUGUAAAUUUACAGAGCCAGGGGACUUCUCCUUGCAACUAGUUGGAUAAUGUUUUUUAAGUUGAUUGUACAUUUAACUCAUGGAUGUCAAGUUUCUUGUACUUGUCUGUACAUAAAUGAUAAAGUGGGUUGUGAAUACUGUUUCACAUGAAUGGAAGGAAAAGUUUGUUACAGUAAAUUAUUUAAAUGGUGGUUAUAGCAAAUCUACUACCAGAAGGUACCAAUUUAGAUUAUUAAAAUAAGUGCUGACAUUUUUCUUAGUACCCUUAAAGCAUCCCAGUGAAGAAUGUCAUCAUAUCUCCUUGUUUAAACUGCAGCAUAUGAGAACUGGGAAUUUUAAGGGCUUAAUUUGUAGACUUAAAAUUAUUUGAUUGACUUAGAUGCUUUGCCAGAUCAUUUCCUCUCCACUUCAUGGUGUCUUGGAACUGUGCUAACCUAUACUGAAUAAGGGCCUGCAUCGCCCUUAUGGUGUCCAUCGCCAUUUAAAAGCUGCUUCACAGUGGAGGAAAGGCAGUGCUACCAAAAUUAAUUGUAAACACUGUCUUGCAUUUAGUGAUGUGGUCUUUAUUAAAUGCAAAUUCCUCUCUUAUUAGGCAGACAAAGAAUAUUACAGUCUUUCCUUAUGUCCCUGCCUUGAGAAGUGGGGAGACAUCUUAACUUGAGCUCUCUUACUUGCAAAUGCAAGAACAGAAGAGAUCUUUACUCCCUCCUGGAAAAUGUCGUAACUAAAAUGCUCAAUAAGCUACCAUAUGCUGGUAGGUGACACUAGUCAGGCAUUUUAUAUCAAGGGUGCUCUGAACAUAUUUUAUUUUUCAAAAGAAGUACAUGUUUGUGAAUUUUAUGUGUACUGGCAAGCUUUUUUAAUGUAUUUAAUUUUGUAAUGUUUACCAAUGAUUUUAUUUACCAGAUAUUUACUCAAAUAAAUGGAACAACUUGUGACUUGUUACAUGUACACUUUACAAGACUGUUGCUGAGUAGGUUGGUAAAUGGACUUGCUUAUCAAAGAGAAGCCUGCCAGGUGGUAAGUACAUGGGAACACAGCUAUAUAGACUCUAAUUGGCUUUCACCGUGUCCAGUAUCACUCAGCCAAACUCUGGUGGUAACCUGGUGCACAACCUCGCUUUUCAAAGCCUUCUGCAGAUGAGGCCUUUCUUCCCUGUGCCUCAUGGGCUUUAAAAAGAGGGAAAAAAAAAAAAAAGUCUGGAAAUUCUUUCAGAUAAAUGCUGUGGCUUCCUUUUAUUUUUCCACCAGAGGUGAGACUAUGGGGAGGGCUUACGCUGGGUGACUCAGUUCUCUACUGAAGGUGUGGCAGAACAGUGUUUUUCAGCAGAAGGCACUCUGUCGUCCCAUUCUGCAUCUCUCUGAAUUAUCCUCAAGAAAUUCUAGCAGCUCUAAGAAAAGGCUUGGUUGUUUUGCCUGCAGCAUCUUAAAUUUAAAUCUUGUGCCUUGCAGAAGUGGCAAUACAACCCUAUUUUCGUAAGGAGUAUUCCAGUGAAAUUUUUAAAAUUGUAAGGUGAGAUUGUGCUCCAGGGAAAUCAGAGUGAGCUUGUGAUAUAAUCUCCUAUGUUGGGUUCUCAUGCUAUCACUGUCAGCAUUAUCAGUGGGAUGUUUCUGGCUCUGAAAGAGUCCCAGGUGAAUGACCUCUUGCCACAAGGAGAUUCUCUUGCUUUGGUGUGUGCUCUUCAUGCAAGAUCUGAUAUAGCUAAAUCUAAGUGACCAAGUUUGUAUCAGUAUCACCCUCUUGAAGGAAGAGAGUUACAGGAAAAUCUUCUUUAACUCCUGAGGUAAGGGGCCUUUUGAUUUUUCACUCAACUCUGGUGGCAGAAAUCUGUGUUGUGAGUAAAGAAGUCUUAGUUAUUAGCAAACUUUUGACCAGGAAAGUUCUUCCACAGGCCUUUUUGUGAAAAGCCUGUUGGCGUGUAAAUCAUUGACAGUGUUUUGUGAUCACCAAGUUUAUGUCCUAAAUGGGAAAAAAAAACCUUUUUGAUUUCACACUUACUAGCAAUGUUUAGAGUUUUGGUCUGGUGGCUGAAAUGCUGUCUGCUCACGAGUACCAUUCCUUGACUCAUAAAUUUAUUUACAGGCAUUUGACACAUAGGCUGAAACAACUGAGAACUUUUUGACUUCUGAGGUGGUUAUAGCUGCUUACAUUUUGCAGGUGUUAUUUAGAAACAAUACCAAGUUUGAACAUAAAAGAUUUUAGUAAUUUCUACAUCCACAGAUGCAUUUUAUGACAUUGUGUAUGAUUUCCAUUAUAACUUUUCUUUUUCAUUUAUACUAAUGAUGUGCAAAAUCAGAAAUGUCAAGUGAUGGCAACUGCACUGGCUCUUUAGCCUCCUACAGCAAAAUGCUACUCAACAAAUAUUUUUUUUUAACCUCUUGGUGCUUGGUUAAAAAAUGCCUGCCCAACUACGCAUGAUGUUUGUAUCUUUUGUCUUGAUCAUCUUGCGUUGAAAUAGCUGUGGGAAAUAGCUGUUCACCCCUUCAAAAACCAAUUGAUUUGGAAAUACAUUUAAAGACAAUGAAGAUUGGGACAGUCCGUUAUAUUUUCUUGUAUUAUGUAGGUGAACAGUCACUUCUGUGAAAGUCUUCCUCUUGUCAAGCUCUACAUGUUUCGCUGUCUUACAAGCAUCAGUGAGCAAAACAAAACUCUGAAUAGCUUUUGUUUGUAGCUGGCCAGAUUUUCCUGGAGAGUUACAGGAUCUCAUUCUUGCUACUUUUUACUUAAUGAAGAUACUUUUGGCCUUGGUGUAGGCGAGGGGGAAAUAGACCCAUUCACUUAAAAUUUCUUUGUGCUUGGUGUCUUUAUACUGUGUGGGUGUCCUUGGCUCUGACUGAUGUUCAAGGGGCAUAUAAAUAGCAUGCUAUUACUGAAACAACUUGAAAUCUUACAGCCUAGGCUCUUCACUGGACAGCUUUUGUGAGAAGGUCCAAGUCUGGCUGCAGUGAGAGCUUUCUCUGGGCUUUUUAAGUGGCUAAUGAAAGGAACUGAAGUUCUCUCUUAUAAAUAUGUAGUGAAGCUAAGCUUUUUGUUUUGGUAUUUGAAGUGCCUCUCCAAGUGUACAAAGAUUGCCCACAAGAGCACGUGUUUUGGGGGUCUACUUCAUGGCAUAAUUAGCUGUUGCAUGUUUCACAGCAGGAGCUGACAGUGAUGUCUCCCAUGAUUAUCCUUCCAGCUCACUUGGAAAGAUGAGGAAAGUGCUUGUGAUCAUAUUUAGCAUGCCUUGUGAUGCUGCAGUGACAGGAUAGUAUACCCCUGUGUCACAGAAGAAAGGGGAUGAGCCAUUCUUCUACCAGCCUUGGUUUUGGCCCUUCUCCCCAUUAUUCCUAUGGUGGGUUUUACUCCUACAGUUGCCAUUUGUGCAAGGGACAUGUGGGGAUCAUGUAGGAGGAAAGCUUUCCCUGUUCUCAGAGAAUACAACCAAGAAAAGCAGGAGCAAAAUAUUUGCUCUUUUGUGGAUGUCAUACUCUUUGACACUGAGUCGUCGUAAGAGUCUUCAGCACUUUGCUCUGGUAGAUAUAAUAGCAUAUAUGAAAUUGGAAUUAUUUAGCAAUCUAUUUCUGUGAUGGUUUUGCUGAUUUAAGAUGGCCUUAAUGGAAACAUGCCCAAA